GCACCACUCAUCGUCACGAGCAGUCUAUCAUGGAGCAUCCUACGCCUUUCAUCAACUCAUCGCUCCUGCCGAACUACAGGGGUCAGAUCGUCCGCAUCACAGGAAAGGUGACGAAGCUCUCCGCCUCGACCCUACUCAUCCAGACAAGCGACAUGGGCAACGUCGAGGUAGGCCUGAACAGGGACACGGAUCUCGACGGGGCCAAAUUCGUUGAGGUGAUUGGCAAAGUGGCGGACAGUGGUGAGACGAUCAGAGAGUUUACGAGCCUGGAUCUGGGAGAUGGAGUCGAUAUGAACUUGGUGGAGAGGGUAGUCACUGUGUCACAGAAGUUCCCGGGCCUCUUCACGCAGGCGUCCGAUUGAGCGUGCGUCGCGCUGAGCUGAGAAGUCUAUUGCAAUACCACGACACAUCAAAGCAUCUAUGAUGAUGAUCCAUCCCUCAGGCCUCACAGCUCCUUGACUUGAUCCAAAUCACCCAGACUCUCCACCAGGUAAUCCGGGACAAUCUCAGCCCCAUCGCCCUCGAUCUCCGCCCUCGUGCUAAUCCCAGUCAACACCAUCAAACUAGCGAUAUCGCCUCGAUUCGCAAAAUCGAUGUCCGUAUCCAGUCGAUCACCCACAAAGAUGGCCUUGCUUCGCUCAAAGUGCUUGGCAGCGAGGAUUGUAUCAAGCAUAUGCUGGUGGGGCUUGCCGAUGAUGGUUGGUUGGCGCUUGGUGGCGAAGAGGAGGGGAGAGGAGAGAGAGCCGGCCCCUGGCCAUGGACCUCCGCGGGCGGGGAAGGUUGAGUCGUCGUUG